AUGAGUGGCACAAGCAUCAAGAGUCGCGGUGCCGGUCUUGUAAUGUCGCCGUGCAUACAGCAGUAGACGAUAAUACGCUGCAUGCGGUAAUCUCAACGGCGGAUAAUUACCCUGCUGUAGUCGAUGUUUACACUGCUGUGCCUAACACNCAGACACAUUCUGACAGCACUUCAGACAGCAGCUGCAUGCCCCGAGCUUGUGUACCAUGCACCAUGGUGGUGUUUUUGUACAGACAGCACUUCAGACAGCAGUACGCUGUAGUCGACAAACAUUUAUUUUGGUGCAUUUUUUUAAUAAAUGCGGGACAAGGGGGGUGAUGCUGCUGCUGUAGUCGAUUUGUAGUGUGUUGGCGUGUAGUUCAGUUGUGAGCAUGCAAACGUGCUGCAGGAAUUGCAGGUGUACCUCCUCGGGCUUGUGUACCCUUGUCUUGCAAAUAGUGUGUGUGUUCUUUAGAUCUUCUGAUGGCUCUAGCAUUUUUGUGACCACGGACCGAGUCUUUGCUAGAUUUUGGGAUUAGCAAUUGACACGAGUUUAAUAAACAACAACAACAACAACA